AUGGAAUCACUCCUGCUGCCGGUGCUGCUGCUGUUGGCAGUACUGUGGACCCAGGCGGCCGCCCUCAUUAACCUCAAGUACUCAGUAGAAGAGGAGCAGCGCGCUGGGACAGUGAUCGCUAACGUGGCCAAGGACGCGCGAGAGGCGGGCUUCGCGCUAGACCCCCGCCAGGCUUCUGCCUUUCGCGUAGUGUCCAACUCUGCUCCGCACCUGGUGGAUAUCAACCCCAGCUCCGGCCUGUUGGUCACGAAGCAAAAGAUCGACCGUGACCUACUGUGCCGCCAGAGCCCCAAGUGCAUCAUCUCGCUGGAGGUCAUGUCCAGCUCAAUGGAGAUCUGUGUGAUUAAGGUGGAGAUCAAGGACCUGAACGAUAACGCACCCAGUUUCCCGGCUGCGCAGAUAGAGCUAGAGAUCUCGGAAGCCGCCAGUCCGGGCACUCGCAUUCCGUUGGACAGCGCCUAUGAUCCAGACUCGGGCAGCUUUGGUGUGCAGACUUACGAGCUCACGCCCAAUGAGCUGUUCGGCCUGGAGAUCAAGACUCGCGGCGACGGGUCACGCUUUGCUGAACUCGUGGUGGAGAAGAGCCUGGAUCGUGAGACACAGUCGCACUAUAGCUUUCGAAUCACUGCGCUGGACGGCGGCGACCCACCACAUCUAGGCACAGUUGGCCUCAGCAUCAAGGUGACAGACUCCAAUGAUAAUAACCCGGUGUUUGGCGAGUCCACCUACGCGGUGAGUGUCCCUGAGAACUCACCUCCCAACACACCCGUCAUUCGCCUCAAUGCCAGUGACCCAGACGAGGGCACCAACGGCCAAGUUGUCUAUUCCUUCUAUGGCUAUGUCAACGACCGCACAAGAGAACUCUUCCAAAUCGACCCACACAGCGGCUUGGUAACAGUCACCGGUGCCCUAGACUACGAAGAGGGCCACGUGUAUGAACUGGACGUUCAAGCCAAGGACCUGGGACCCAAUUCUAUCCCAGCACACUGCAAGGUCACCGUCAGCGUGCUGGACACCAAUGACAAUCCACCGGUUAUCAACUUGUUGUCGGUCAAUAGCGAGCUUGUGGAGGUAAGCGAGAGCGCCCCCCCAGGCUACGUAAUCGCCCUGGUUCGAGUAUCUGAUCGCGAUUCCGGUCUCAAUGGACGUGUGCAGUGCCGUUUGCUGGGCAAUGUGCCCUUUCGGCUACAGGAGUAUGAGAGCUUCUCCACUAUCCUGGUGGAUGGAAGGCUGGACCGUGAGCAACACGACCAGUACAAUCUUACAAUCCAAGCCCGAGACGGCGGUGUCCCCAUGCUGCAAAGUGCCAAAUCCUUUACUGUGCGCAUCACUGAUGAGAACGACAACCACCCCCACUUCUCUAAACCCUAUUAUCAGGUCAUUGUGCAGGAGAACAACACACCCGGCGCUUAUCUGCUCUCUGUGUCAGCCCGAGACCCAGACCUGGGGCUCAAUGGUAGUGUCUCCUAUCAGAUCGUGCCUUCUCAGGUACGGGACAUGCCUGUAUUCACUUAUGUCUCCAUCAACCCCAACUCUGGAGAUAUCUACGCGCUGCGGUCUUUCAACCAUGAACAGACCAAGGCAUUCGAAUUUAAGGUGCUGGCAAAGGAUGGUGGCCUGCCCUCGUUACAGAGCAACGCCACAGUGCGGGUCAUCAUCCUGGAUGUGAAUGACAAUACCCCGGUUAUCACGGCCCCGCCCCUAAUCAACGGCACUGCGGAGGUCUACAUUCCCCGAAACUCCGGCAUAGGCUACUUGGUGACCAUAGUUAAGGCAGAUGACUAUGAUGAGGGAGAAAAUGGCCGAGUCACCUACGACAUGACCGAGGGCGACCGCGGCUACUUUGAAAUAGACCAGGUCAACGGUGAAGUCAGAACCACCCGUACCUUCAGCGAAAGCUCCAAGGCUUCCUAUGAGCUUAUUGUGGUGGCACAUGACCACGGCAAGACAUCUCUUUCUGCCUCUGCGCUCGUCCUAAUCUACCUGUCCCCAGCUCUUGAUGCUCAAGAGUCAAUGGGUUCGGUAAACCUGUCCCUGAUCUUCAUUAUUGCUCUGGGCUCCAUCGCAGGCAUCCUUUUUGUCACCAUGAUCUUUGUUGCAAUCAAGUGCAAGCGAGACAACAAAGAGAUACGGACCUACAAUUGCAGUAAUUGUUUAACCAUCACUUGUCUCCUCGGCUGUUUUAUAAAAGGACAAAACAGCAAGUGUCUGCAUUGCAUCUCAGUUUCUCCCAUUAGCGAGCAGCAAGACAAAAAGGCAGAGGAGAAAGUGAGCCUUAGGGGAAAGAGAAUUGCUGAGUACUCCUAUGGGCAUCAAAAGAAAUCAAGCAAGAAGAAAAAAAUCAGCAAGAAUGACAUCCGUCUGGUACCCAGGGAUGUGGAGGAGACAGACAAGAUGAAUGUUGUCAGUUGCUCCUCCCUGACCUCCUCUCUCAACUAUUUUGACUACCACCAACAAACGCUGCCCCUAGGCUGCCGCCGCUCUGAGAGCACUUUCCUGAACGUGGAGAACCAGAAUACUCGAAAUACUAGUGCCAACCACAUCUACCAUCACUCUUUCAAUAGCCAGGGUCCCCAGCAGCCAGAUCUGAUCAUCAAUGGUGUGCCCCUGCCUGAGACUGAAAACUAUUCUUUUGACUCCAACUAUGUGAAUAGCCGAGCUCAUUUAAUCAAAAGCAGCUCUACCUUCAAGGACCUAGAGGGUAACAGCCUGAAGGAUAGUGGACAUGAGGAGAGUGACCAGACUGACAGUGAGCAUGAUGUCCAGAGGAGCCUGUACUGUGAUACUGCUGUCAAUGAUGUGCUGAAUACCAGUGUGACCUCCAUGGGAUCUCAGAUGCCAGACCAUG